GAAAGUGGAAACACUAUUUUUGUCUAUGUUGAUGCAACGGUUUCCCCUUGACACAUCCAAUGAAGUCACAAAGCUCGUGUGAGUCUUGCUGAUAACCACUUGUGUACAUUGUACUUUGACCAGUGUCACUGCAGAUUGUUUCUGUCAAUGAGAAUUACACUUCACUGUCCUGCAGGUACAUCGGCUAACUGGAUCUGUUGCAUUAGACUUGUCUCCACAUCUGGACUCUGGGUUGGAGGAUCUCCCCUGUCACCAUGUCAACAUCUGUGCAGGUAGAGCCGGUCAUGGAGAGGAGGUAUGGAGGAGUUGGCCGCUGCAAGUGCUCGUUCUGGUUCGCAGUGGUCCACGACAUACUCGGCGUCUUCAUCAUGAUGGUGGGGGUGUUCGGAGGGCUGGCUAUCCACGAUUUGUUCAUCUACGCUGGGGCCAUCAUCAUCUUCCUCAGCCUGAUCUGGUGGGUGUUCUGGUACUCCGGGAACAUCGACGUGCCGCCGGAGGAGCUGGAGGACGACGUGGGCAUGAUCAAGCUGAAGAACAAAAGACUCAGCCGGGUUGUGAGGCGCAUGUCCGACCGUUUCUCGAGCGGCAUCAGGAACUCUUUCAGAAAGAAUGGCAGGUCCUUCAGAGGGGGCAACAACAGAUCUUCAAACACUGGUACAGACGUGUCACUCUCCACUAUAUAUGACACCACCUUCGCCUGCUCAUCCAAAGAACUUGUGAGAGAGACACUGUCAAUAUGAACUAAUCCAUGUAUAUGACACCACGAGACACUGAACCUGGAUCUUUAUAUUUGUUUCAUUUGCAUGUCUGUUUAUUCUGUUGAAAGGAAUUCUGCGUCUGCUCCGCCAACAUGCACUAGUAAUGAUUAGACAACACUGAAAUCUUAUCUACAUAAGAUACACAUGGUCUUAUCUAGCAGAUAAGAGGUAAACUUUGCACACUGUCACAGAGUGCGUCAAAUGACACCGCUUUCUAAUCUCUGACUGUUUAUUAAUCAUGUUUUGAUGAUUCGUAGACUUUGAAGAGUGGGGUUGUUUUAACUUAUUUAUAUUACAUAAAAAGGUAAAUUUAAACUUCAUAAACCUCUGUUGUAAUUCAGCUGUCCCUAACUUCACUGAAAAGUUCUUGGGGGGGUUUCAAGUUUCAAGUUGUGCCACUGUGGUAAUGUAUUUUGAAUGCAUUCGGAAACCAUGAACCA